AUGAGCAUCUUCUCAGGCUUCCUAGCCGCCUUCCGGACACGAGCAUCUUCUCCAUCCCCGGAGAGUGAGAGUCACAAGGAAACGGCCGAUCAUCCCACACGAUUACCUGACAGAUUGCUUCCCGAUCUUUCUAAACAGUUUUUCAUUGACUUACAAAAAGAACGUCCCUCAGAGGAGCCGGGAAGGCACCUUCAUCAUUACACUUUGAAAUACCACGACAGGACAGGCGCUCCCCAAUCCUGUCUAGUUUAUCUCAAAGCUCGCCACAAGACGGUUUAUGAUACACAGAAGGGAGACAUGCUGUCAUGUGAAACUACUUUGGCUUUCACUCGCGCAAAAGUGACAGGAAAAGAAAACUUUCCAAAUCAGAUGCAGAUGCUGAAAACCAUUGGAAUAGAUGAGGAGACCAGUCAACACACAAUCAUCAUAGAGCCUUCAGAGAAAAGCUGCAUUGAGACCCUUGCAUACAUUCUGUCGCAUACAAUGCCGCAUGCUCCUACGUCAGACUUACAGCCGUUAUACGGAGUUUACUGGAAAACCAAACGGCCCAAGGAUACAGCUCUGCAAGGGCAUACACUGAGGGAGAUGGGAAGACCAUCUUGUGGGAAGAUGUCCGUCAAAUGGUGUCUUCACUCAAUAAAUUUGUUGAUGAAGAUGGAUCUUGGUCCGAACAAAGUACCUAGGACGAGAUAUCCUGCUUGA